GGUUCUGCAAAAAAAAAUAAAAAAUGCAUGCACUCUUCAUUAGUGCGUGUCUGUGAGAGGUAGUGUGCGUGGGAGCGGAUCCUCCCUCCUUUCCUCCCUCCCUCCCUCCCUCCCUCGCUUCCUUCCCUUCCAUUUGCAUUCCUCCUCAUUGCGGGACAGCUAGGGAGCGUUCCGGGAGCUCGCAGGCGCGCAAAAACGGAUCACCUUUUCGUGUUAUAUUUUUUACUUCUUCUUCUUUUUUUUUUUUUUUUUACCGUUUUUUUUUUCUUCUUCUCCCACGCAUGCUGAUCCGGGACUUGAGGUCAGUGCAUGCGUGCGUGUGCGUGUUUGCGGGCUGCUCGGAGUUGCUGUGCAGGCGCGCGCCCGCGGAAAAUGCGAGAGGAUGCUCGGCUGUGGACGCGGUGAAGAGCAGCGCAGGUAACCGAUAAAAUGGCGGCUCGGGAAGCGACUGGGCACAGCUUCCUGGUGACGUGCUGGCAGCCCAUUCUCAUCCUGAUGCUGGGCACCGUGCUCUCGGGCUCGGCCACCGGCUGCCCGUCUCGCUGCGAGUGCAGCGUCCAAGAGCGCUCCGUCUUGUGCCACCGCAAGAAGCUCAUGACGGUCCCCGAUGGGAUCCCCGCGGAAACGCGGCUGCUGGACCUCGGCAAGAACCGCAUAAGGACCAUCAACCCGGACGAGUUUGCCAACUACCCCAGCCUGGAGCACCUGGAUCUGAGCGAGAACACCAUCUCCACCAUCGAACCCGGCGCCUUCAACAACCUGUACGGCUUGCGGACAUUGGGGCUGCGGAGCAACAAGCUAAAGCUGAUCCAGCUCGGCGUCUUCACGGGCCUGAGCAACCUCACCCAGCUGGACAUAAGCGAGAACAAGAUCGUCAUCCUGCUGGACUACAUGUUCCAGGAUUUGUACAACCUGCGCUCGUUGGAGGUGGGCGACAACGACCUGGUGUUCAUCUCCCACCGUGCUUUUCAUGGCCUGAGUAGCCUGGAGCACCUGAGUCUUGAGAAGUGCAACCUGUCCUCUGUGCCGACGGAGGCCUUCACCCACCUGCACAGUCUGAUCACACUCAGGCUGCGGCACCUCAACAUCAACGUCAUACGGGAUUACUCCUUCAAACGCCUUUACAGGCUGAAAGUUCUGGAGAUCGCCAACUGGCCGUAUUUGGAUACAAUGACUCCUAAUUGCUUGUACGGAUUAAACCUGACCUCUCUGACCAUCGCCAACGCUAACCUGACCACCAUCCCUUACGUAGCCCUGCGGCACCUGGUCUACUUGCGCUUUCUCAAUCUUUCCUACAACCCCAUCCACACCAUUGACGGGAAUAAGCUCCACGACCUGCUCCGUCUGCAGGAGUUUCACCUGGUCGGAGGCCGACUCGCCAUGAUCGAGCCCUACUCUUUCCGAGGGCUAAACUACCUAAAGAUCCUCAACGUGUCCGGGAACUCUCUCAGCACUUUAGAAGAGUCCGCGUUCCAUUCGGUGGGCAACCUGGAGACUCUGGCUUUGUACGACAACCCCUUGGCCUGCGACUGCCGCCUCUUGUGGGUCUUCCGGCGACGCUGGAGGCUCAACUUCAACCGGCAGCAGCCUACUUGCGCCUCCCCCGAGUUCGUCCAAGGCAAAGAGUUCAAGGACUUCCCGGACGUGCUGCAGACCAACUACUUCACCUGCCGCAAGUCCAGGAUCAGGGAUCGCAAGGCGCAGCAGCAGUUCGUCGACGAAGGAGCCAUCGUUCAUUUCUCCUGCGAGGCCGACGGCGAUCCCGCUCCGGUGAUUAUGUGGCUUUCACCGCAGAAGAAGUUCAUCACCACCAAAACGAUCGGACGGAUCUCGGUGCUGCCGGACGGUACCUUGGAGGUCCGCUACGCUCAGAUCCAGGACAACGGCACCUACGUGUGCAUAGCGAGCAACGCCGGCGGCAAUGACACCGCCCUCGCUCACCUGCACAUCCACAGCUACUCCCCCGAUUGGCCCUUUCAGCCCAACAAGACCUUCGCCUUCAUCUCCAACCAGCCGGCGGACACCGGCGGUAACGACACGCGCGCCAACGUCCCGUUCCCCUUCGACAUAAAGACGCUGAUCAUCGCCACCACCAUGGGCUUCAUUUCCUUUCUGGGCGUGGUCUUGUUCUGUUUGGUGCUCCUCUUCCUGUGGAGCAGAGGCAAGGGCAACACCAAGCACAACAUCGAGAUCGAGUAUGUGCCGCGCAAAUCGGACGCUGGCAUGAGCAGCGGCACGGUGGACGCGCCGCGCAAGUUUAACAUGAAAAUGAUUUGAAGGGGUUUUUCCCGCCUGGACCGUGCUGCCUUCACUGACUAAGGGAAGAGCACAUUAGAGGCAAUGAAAGCUGAGGUCUUCUAGGGCUGGAAAGUAGAAAAAAAAAACGUUCUGUGGCGGUAGAAUGACAGAAAUAGGAUGGACGACACCCACAAGCUGGCAGAUUACACGAGCUAGAGUGUUUUUUUUAUUUGAUUUGAGUGUUUCUUCCCCCUUCUCGAGGCUGCGCUCCACUUAUGAACGACUUCGAUAUGCGCUGAUGAGCACAUUUACACAGCAGCAUCGAUACACUUCAUCAAGUUUGAACUGGGAAUGUUUUGUCCUGCUUUUAUGGCCGUUAUUGCUCCGUGAUCCAUAAACGUGACAGUCAUUGAUCAGUAAAGUACAUUUGACAAGAGCAGGACGCAUAUUUUUAAAAUGAUUGGAGGAAAAAAAAAACAAUAAUGUGAGAUGAGAGGGGCAGUUCUUGGCUGAACUUCUAGGGACCGUCCCUUGGUUUAGCUUAAUAAUGACACUUUCAUUGAGUAUAUUAAUUAUUUUAAUUAGUAUUAUUACAUAUAAAGUCCCACUCGUAAGUUUAGAUCAGGGGUGUCCAAACUUUUUGACUGGGGGGCCGCA